UUUUGAUAGUAUAUAUAUAUAGAGAGAAUGAUUGAGAAAGAGAGUAAGUUCAUAUUGGAAAGUCGAAACCCUAGUGGCUCACCAACAGCCGAUUUUUUUGUUCCUUUUUUAACUUUCCAGUGCUUUACCCUAAUCCGAUCAUUUUGCUGCCGCAGCACUACCGAUCUCGUUCGAUCGGAGAGAGUGAUGGCGGAAUUGGAUGCUGCUGUGUCAAAAAAAGGAAAAACGGAGCAGGUUAAAAUGGCGAAGGAAGCGUGCAUUUGCCUCGUGUCGUAUAAAAAGUUGUUCGUGAUCAAACUAAGCAAUUUAAAGAAACAAGAAGUUGAUGUCAAAGAUUGGAAUUGUUUGCCUCCACCAGAGUUCGAGUUCGAUUUCCAUUUCAAACUUCCAAAGCUUGAUUUGUGUCCUUUCGAGUUCGACUCCAAGAUCUAUAUGGCGGUGUCCGAGGACCCGGGUAGAAAGGGGAUUGUGAAGGACUCCUGCCCUAUCUACGAAUUCAAAUUUGGGGAUGGGGAGGGCAGUUUUGAGCGUGCGGAAUCACUGGAUGAUGCACCGCUCCCUUUUGUCAAAGCAUUCAUCGCAAACACGCCAGGCUCCGGCGAUGUUUACUUCUGUAUGAAAUCACAGGGCAAAGCUUCACCUGACUGUUACGUUCUUUGUUCUGGAUCUAGAACUUGGAAACCCUUAAUCGCUCCUCCGACCGUCAGCAACCCACCUUUCCGAUAUAACAUGUUCGUCCUCGACAACAACCUCUUUCUUUCAUCGAGGGGAAAUAGAGACACCUGUUUGGCCCGCUUCGACCCCAUAAAAGAGAAUUGGACGACUGAGCCGGCCUCUGAGAACAAUCUUUCGAACUUCAUAAAGGAUAGGCUCAUUACCGGUGAUAACUACGGUCGUUUUAUUUGUCUCCCGUACAUUUCUGUGUCCCUUCCGGGUCUUGGCAGCCGCAACUACACCGUUUGCCUCACAAAUGAGUUUGUGAAUGAAUCUCCUCCUGAGGCACCUUUGCACAAGGUCUUGGCCAUUCUCGUUAACCCCCAGAAUGGCCGUGUUGCAUUAUAUCAAUACCUUGAUGAGUGUUUUGAGGGUAUUUAUCCCAGUGUGGGAGAAGAGGCCAGGUUCAAUUUUGUUGACCUUGGCAACGGGAAGCUGUGUGCAAUACUCUCUGGAGGUCUAUAUGGUUCCAAAUCUAAUUCAUUGGCGCUAUGCUUCUCAGUUUUCACACUGUCAGUGGACUUUGCAGCAUUGCAACUUGAGGUUGGGGCUCCUCCCAUGGAGCGAGAUUUCUUACAAGUGACUGUCCAUAAGAAGAGUGCCUACACCAUGGGGAUCUCCAUGCUUUCUGAUCGUAUACGCCACGCGUUUGUUUGGCCACCUAGUCAUGUUCCUAAACAAAAUAAGCUAAAGUCACAUAACCGAUGCUCAUAUUCUAUUUCUUCUGUUUCUACUAAAUAA